CGAGAAGGUUCUGAAAAGUGUCAGACGCCUCUACUUUCAGCUAGUACCGACCUCGCAGGAUGGAUGCCAUCUCAGCGCUGAUGGUUCUCUGGACCGCCCUUCUCAUAUCUACCGGACCAACCAGCGCCGUUAGCUCAAAUGUCUGCACCUCCAGGGGGGCCAGCACAUGUAAGCAGUGUUUAGCGGUGCACCCCAGCUGUGCAUGGUGCGUUCAAGAGGAUUUUGGUAAAGGUCUUGCCACCUCCUCUCGCUGUGACCUGAAGAGAAACCUGGUGGAAUCAGGGUGUGCUCCUCAAACUGUGGAGUCUCCAACUAGCAGAUUACAGGUUAUUGAAGAUCGACCUCUUAGCAACAAGGCUGCAGGAGCCACUCAAGACGUUACCCAGAUCAAACCUCAGAAACUCUCUAUUACCCUCAGACCAGAUGAUGCCAAACGCUUCACUGUAAAGGUGCGACAGGUGGAGGACUACCCUGUGGAUCUCUACUACCUGAUGGACCUUUCCUUCUCCAUGUACGAUGACCUGUUCCGCCUCAGGACACUGGGAAAGGGUCUGGCUGAGGCCAUGAACCGUACCACCAGCAACCUGCGCAUGGGCUUUGGAGCUUUUGUGGACAAACCACUUACUCCGUACAUGUACAUCUCCCCUGAAGAAGCUGUAAAGAACCCAUGUUACAGCAUCAACACUACCUGCCUCCGCCAGUUUGGCUACAAGCAUGUUCUGUCUCUGACUGAGCAAGUCAGUCGAUUCACAGAGGAAGUGAAAAAGCAGAUGGUGUCCAGGAACCGAGAUGCUCCAGAGGGUGGAUUCGAUGCUAUCAUCCAAGCAGCUGUGUGCAAGGAGCAGAUUGGAUGGCGUCCUGGUGCAUCCCAUCUCCUGAUCUUCACCUCAGAUGCAAAGACCCAUGUGGCUCUGGAUGGCAGACUGUCCGGCAUCGUUCGGCCCCAUGAUGGCCGCUGUCACCUUGAUACAGAAAAUAUGUACAGCAUGUCAACAACAUUGGACUACCCGUCUUUGGCUUUGAUUACAGAGAAGAUCUCUGAGAACAACAUCAACCUCAUCUUUGCUGUCACCAACUCAGUGGUUCCUCUUUAUCAGAACUUCAGUGAGCUGAUUCCCGGUACCACUGUUGGAACUCUGUCUAAUGACUCUGGCAAUGUGAUUCAGCUCAUACUGAAGGCCUACGCUAAAAUUCGCUCUAAGGUGGAGCUAGAGCUUCAAGGAGUCCCAGAGGAGCUCUCUCUGUCCUUCAAUGCCACCUGUUUGAAUGGAGAAGUCAUCCCAGGCCUCAGGUCCUGCUCAGGAUUAAAGAUCGGAGACACUGUUUCCUUCAGCGUGGAGGCUCGAGCGCGAGGUUGUCCCAAACAGAAGAAGAAGACUUUCGUCAUCAAACCUGUGGGCUUCAAAGACUCCCUCUCUGUCACAGUCAUUUUCGAGUGUGACUGCAAGUGUCAAGCCAAAGCAGAGCUGAACAGCCCAAAGUGUAAUCAUGGCAAUGGUACCUUUGAGUGUGGAAUCUGCCAGUGCCAUUCUGGUCGAUUAGGCCCACACUGUGAGUGUGCUGAAGGGGACUACAAUCCUGCUGAGCAGGACCGUUGCAGAGGCUCCACAGGCUCUGGAAGACUGCAGGGUGCGGUGUGCAGUGGCCGUGGAGACUGUGUUUGUGGGCAGUGCGUCUGCCAUAGCAGUGACUUUGGGAAGGUUUGGGGGAAGCUGUGUGAGUGCGAUGACUUCAACUGUCUCCGUUACAAGGGAGAACUCUGUUCAGGCCACGGCGUGUGUAACUGUGGCUUCUGUCAGUGUGCUCCCGACUGGCAGGGGGAAAACUGUAACUGCUCCAGAAGAACCGAUAGCUGCAUGUCCAGCAUGGGUCUGCUCUGCAGCGGGAGGGGCCAAUGUGUGUGCGGGGCUUGUGAGUGCACCCAGCCUGGGGCAUACGGGGUCACAUGUGACAAGUGCCCCACCUGCCCAGAUGCCUGCACCAUGAAAAAGGACUGUGUAGAAUGCAAGCACUUCAAGAGAGGAAAGUUGUUUGAGGACCACUCCUGCGCUCAAAUCUGCAAGGACCACAUUGAGCUGGUGGAUGAAAUAGUUCUCCACGACACAAACGCUGUAAACUGCAGCUACAAGGACGAGAAUGAUUGUGUGGAGCGAUUCCAGUAUUAUGAGGAUGCCAAUGGGAAGUCCAUCUUGUUGGUGGUAAAGGAGCCAGACUGCCCCAAAGGACCGGACAUCCUUGUCCUGCUGCUGUCAGUAGCGGGCGCCAUCUUGAUUCUGGGCUUGGCAGCUCUCCUCAUCUGGAAGCUGCUGGUGACAAUCCAUGACAGACGUGAGUUUGCCAAGUUCGAAGAAGAGCGAGCACGAGCUAAAUGGGACAUGGGACACAAUCCACUGUACAAAGGAGCAACAUCCACCUUCACAAACAUCACGUACCGAGGGAAAGACUGAUGCUUCUGAUCCUAAAAAAGGCUUUCUGUCACAACAAUUUUUUUUUUAUUUCCACACAGAUCAUGCAGAUGCACUAUGUGCCUUGAUUGUAUGACCGCAACCAUGCAUAUGGAAUCCUUCCUACUGGCAAAACGCCUAUUGAAUAAAGUUAAGCUUCCCCUUAAUUUCAAGAAAACGUAAUUUGUAAUUAAAUAUGUUGCUCCAUUGAUAUGUGUUUGGUCGUCAUAUUAGCAUUGUCAACUGUACUUCCUGUGAUGAUCUUUCUUUAUUCUUUUUGUAAUUGUGAUUUUUCUUCAAAUGAUCUUUUUUUUCAAUUCAAAAUGCAAAUCUUCAAAUGAAUUGAAUUGAAAUUCCAUGUUCAGAAGCUUGCACAAGCCUCAUAUCAAUACAAAUUUGCCAAGAAGCAACCACUUCCUUCCCGUCAUGCCACCAAGCAAUCCUCACUUCGUGUCCUUCAUGUCAUCACCUCCAGACAAUGACAGUCACGUUACAGCGACAAAUAAUGAUAAACUGGAGAUCAUGUUGAUGAAAUCAAGUCCAUUUCUAGCUACAAUAAUGCCCGCACUUUUGUCUUCAACUUUGUGUUGUUAGCAUAAAAGCUGUGUAUUCACUCAUUACAAAAGGGUUUGGUUUUCAGUGGGGUUUAUCAUUUCUUGGCAAAUGCAUUCAUUUUUAGUGGGAUUUUGAUUUCAUUUUAAACUUCAUGAUUGAUAUCAUCAACAUGUCUCAGCUGGUCAGAUGGUGGAUUAUAUUCUUGAUCACAACACAAGCAGGGGCAUAACAACUCUUUCUGCAAGUGCCCAACUAAAAAUCAUCUUUUUAUUGAAAUGAUCCUGCAAGAGGUAAAGCAUUUUUACAAGGUGGCCAGAUGGCACAUGAGAGAAGUUGUUCCUUCUAACUCAAAUGUGUUCAGUCAGUAGUGUGUGAGAGGAGGGGUAGCUACUGCAGGGAUGCUUGCUGCUCCUCUGUCCAGCCUCUGAUCCGUCCUCUUCCCUUCUCCUUUUUCUGUUUCCUCCUGGCUGCAGGACUUUGUCUGCUUCAUUCACCACAUUUUGUUCAUUGUGUUGCUCUGUGAUGAAGACAUCUUCAUUGUCAGCGCUGCUGUGUGGAGUGUCAAACCAUUCUUGACAGCACCAGAUUAGCUCCGAUUCGAUUCUUAACGUCAUUGUGGGUCUUUCCUCUGACACUGGAUCCUCUUCGAACUCAUCUGGACUAUGGUCUACCACCGCACCAGACAUCACAUCAACUACAUCCACCAGAUCUGCAUUUUCAUUUUGGUUAUUAUCAUCAAACUGGAGGACAUUAUUGUUGAUGUCUCUGUUAUUCACUUCACUGUCGUCAUUGACAUUGCGGCUGUAAUUGUGAUCAUCAUUGUCAUGGUACAUUAAGUGGUGGACAUAGUUGCCAUUGUUUGGUGUGUCAUGAAAAUUGUCCUUGACAUGCAGGUUGCCAUAUUCCGUCGAGGCACUAAGAAACAAGUCUGGUUCAUGGACUGAUGAAUAAUUCACUGGUGGGUAUUGGGUGGUAGGGUCUGAAAACAUAUUGGGAUGUAUUACUUCUUCAUAACAUAACUUGUCUGUAGAUAUGCUGAGUUACCUAUUUAUUGUAACUUCAGUUCUAUGAAUGUGGAGGUAACCAAUAGCAAAGCGCGUUAGAUGGCAGAGCACGUAUGACAUAGAACCACACAUGCACUGAUAACGUCCCAUUAUGACUUUCACAUUAAAAUUCUUCGGAGUUCAGCCAUCACUGUCAUUUCUAUUUUUGUUUGUUUCUUGAGAGUUUAUCGUUGUUUAUCAGCUGAACCUAAUGA